AUGGCCCAUCAUCAUGGGCUCGACGACCAUAAGCAACACGCUUUCGGACAUCAAACCAAGCAGUCAGACAAGACUUGGUUGGAGAAGUAUGGCUCACAGUUCGACCAGUCAUUUUCUGGGCCUCUGUCGUUCUCUCACCUCCCAUACUUUCGAUGUCUCGAGAACGAACAGGAAAGCUUUGACAUUGCUAUUCUGGGGAUGCCUUUUGAUACAGCCGUUACAUAUAGGCCUGGUGCUCGUUUCGGGCCAUUUGCUAUCCGUUCAGGCAGCCGUAGGCAGCGUACAGCAAGAGGAUACACGCUUUCUUGGGCAAAUGACCCAUAUGCAUUGGGUCAGAAGAUCAUUGAUUGCGGUGAUGUACCAAUUAAUCCAUUCGACAAUGCAUUGGCUGUCGAUCAAAUGGAGGUAGCCUACUCGACGCUAUUAAGGAGAACUGUUGCUCGCGACCCGGAAGCUCAACCAGUGACCAGUUUACUAUCUAAGGACGGAGAGGAACAUCCGCGGAUCGUCAGUCUCGGAGGGGACCACACAAUUGUAUUGCCUAUUUUGCGUUCCUUGCAUAAAGUAUACGGACCCAUUUCGGUGAUACACUUUGACGCGCACCUGGACACAUGGGCAGCAUACCCAGGACAAACCAGCGCACAGUCUCGAGUCACUCAUGGAACUUUUUUCUAUCUUGCCAACGAAGAAGGUUUGCUUGCAAACAAUAGUGUGCACGGCGGCAUCAGAUGCAAACUAGCUGGACUCGAGGAUCUCUCGAACGAUGAAUCAGUCGGAUUCCAAGUAAUCUCAACAGAUGACAUCGACGACCUUGGAAUCCCAACUAUCAUCAAUAAAAUUAGAAAAAGGAUUGGGGAUAGCCCUGUUUAUUUGAGUCUUGAUAUAGAUGUAAUUGAUCCCGGUUUGGCCCCUGCUACUGGUACGCCGGAAGCCGGUGGUUGGACUACUCGCGAACUAAAGAGGAUAAUCCGAGGCCUCGCGGGGCUCAAUUUUGUCGGUGCGGAUAUUGUGGAGGUGGCUCCCGCAUAUGACAAUGCUGAAAUUACUGGAAUUGCCGCUGCUGAUUUCGUUCAUGAUUUCCUGUCCAUGUUUUUAUCGAAAGAGCCCCCCAAGCGACAGGGGCACCAUAAAAAAUCAGAGACGCAGCUAUUCUAG